AUGCCCACUGCGAUGGAGACCGUGGGACUUGUGGUCGGGGUGCUGGUGGUCGCCGUCUCCGUCGCCGGCAUAGCCGAUAGCCGCCUCCGGCAGCGUGAGGAGCUGGCUCGGGCCGAGCGCCGGGUGAGAGAAGCGCGGGCGUCGGAGGCGACGGCCAGCUCGGAGGCGAGGAGGGCGGCGAGGGAGGCGAGGCGCGACGUCGCCGCGGCCCAGAAGAGGGAGACGACCGCCGUCGCCGUCGCCAACGAGAAGGUGGAGGAAGUUUAA